AUGGGCUCUGUUGACACCACCGCCGCCUUCUUUGCCAAGGCCGACAAGUACCUCGCGACAACAGGCGUACCCUUUUCUCCUGUAAUUAUCACAAAGACCCAGGGUACUCGACUCUAUGAAGCUAGUGGCCGAUCAAUACUCGAUUUCACUUCGGGUCAAAUGAGCUCACUGCUUGGCCAUUCCCACCCUGAGAUUGUCGAGACCGUUAAGCACUAUGUCUCCGAACUCGACCAUUUGCUCAGCAAUAUGAUUACCCACCCUGUCGUCGAUCUUGCGGAGCGUCUUGCGAAAGUUCUGCCUGCUCCGCUUUGUAAAUCCUUUUUUCUCAAUACUGGAUCUGAGUCGACCGAGGCCGCCAUCAAAAUGGCCAAGUGCUAUACUGGCAAAUUUGAGAUCAUCGCUUUUGCUGCCAGUUACCACGGCCUCACUCAGGGCUCUGGAUCCGCCACAUACUCAGCCGGUCGUCAAAGGGGCGGUCCUUGCAUGCCCGGUCAACUCGCCUUCCCUGCACCCUAUGCAUACCGCUCUCCGUUCCGCAAGGUGGAUGGAUCCUACGACUGGGAGACCGAGAUGGACUUUGGUUGGUCCAUGAUUGACCGUCAGAGUGUCGGCUCUCUUGCAGCAUUUAUUAUGGAGCCCAUAUUGUCCACCGGUGGAAUUCUCGAUCCACCCGAAGGCUAUAUGCAACGCAUGUUCGCAGAGUGUAAGAAGCGCGAUAUGCUCAUCAUCAUGGACGAAGCUCAAACUGGUGUUGGCCGUACUGGUCAGAUCACCACCGUUGAGAUCGAACGUGGCUGUAAGGAAGCUGGCUUCCUUUGGCUCACUACUCAUCUUAAUGAUCCAUUGACUGCUGCAGUUGGUAAUAAGGUGCUUGAGAUUGUUGAACGUGAUAAAAUCUGCAAACGUGCCGCUGAACGUGGUGCCCAGCUCCGUCAAGGUCUCAUUGAGCUUCAGCAGAAGUACUGGUGCAUUGGUGACGUUCGGGGUCGCGGUCUUCUGCAGGGCAUCGAGAUUAUCUCCAAUGCUGAAACCCGGGCGCCUGGUCCUGACCUGGGCCAAGCUGUUUCCGAUCGCGCUAUGGCCUGUGGUCUUUCCUGUAAUGUAGUCAAUCUUCCUGGAAUGGGUGGUGUUUUCCGUCUUGCGCCUCCGGUAACUGUUACCGCCGAUGAGAUUGAGGAGGGUCUUACCAUUCUUGAUGAGGCCUUCGGGCAUGUUUUGAAGACCAUGGGUGCAUAG